UGUCCUUUUUUGUUCUCAAAUACGACACCUUCCUUUUCUAUGUAACAUCAUUGGGAGCUUAACUACCCAGUCAGUUAGCUGGCCUUUACGUUUUCCACCUGAAAAAAAUAACACAAAAUCGUAAAGUGUAGUAAAUAGUAAUUGCAUCAAUGAAAUGAAUAUAAAAGCUUGUGUUAUUUGCCUCUGCUGGUGCUGUAAGUGAACAACACUCAGUAACAAGGCAAGAAUGAAGACAUCUACAAUGAGCCGAAAACACACAACUACGGAUUACUGUGGUUAUGAAUUUGAUUACCAAACAUACGUUACACAGUUCUUGGAAGAACCAAGAAUGAAUGGAUUCGAUGGGAAUUUGAUUUCUGCACCCCAUGAAGAAGCUGGAAAGAAAAAAUUAGAUAAGGGGAAAAGGAACAAGAAAUCCUGGAAAAGUUCCUUAUUUUCCUGGUUGAGAAGAGAGACUAGAAAUGGCAAACCGGACGGAACUGGAGCUAGCAUUACUGGGGGAUUCUGGGCCCGUAGGCUGACAUUGGGACCUCUCAUAGGUCUUUUAAACUUAACAAGGCGAGUCGAGGAUGAGGUGCCCUAUAUGUCUCUUGGCCAGCUUAACAAUCCCCAAGAUGUUCUAUCUUAUGGACCUGUUUACUUGGUGAGUUAAGAACAUGUUUGGUUAGUUGAAAAGUAAGUUUUGUUAGUAAAGAAUUGUAAUUUUGAAAAUCUUGUUAUGGCUGUGGUGCUUGUUUAUGUAAAACUAUCAGAUUGUGAAGAGAAAGCAAAGCUCAUUACUGUCUGCUUGGUUGGAUAAAAAUAUAGUUCCCAAGCUUGUGGCAAGGAACAUCUUCUUGCCUAUAAUAUAUUAUAGCCCUUGUU